ACAUGCUCAGUCAGUGCACGCGCACCCUCACUCACAAUCUGCGCGGUCACCGCGGUGGAAAGCAAACAAUGCAUGCGACGCUGCCGAGAAAACAUCGAGCAAUGGACGCAUUUAACGCACCAGUCGCUCUUUUGAGAAGAAGAAGUGGGUUUUAACGCAAGGUACAAACUAACAGCGUAUCUUCAACCUUCUGAGCUUAAAGAAAGGGAUCGUUACUUGUGAAGAAACAGCCAGUGUGGAUUGCUUAUUUGCUGUAAUAUUUGUCCCAUGGGAUUGUUAACCUGAUGUGUUGACCAUGCGCUCACAACAAAGUUUCAUGGCAUUCAUGAGCAACAAGGACAGUGCUAUACCUAAAAAAGACAUCGAUCGCCUGUGCUGUGCAAAAUGCCGAUUUUCAACAAAGGACACUGACCUGUUUGAGAGGCACGUUUCCCAUCAUAAAGAGGUUACGUUCUCCUGUGCUCUCUGCAGUUAUGUUUCCUACUCUAAAACCGAGUCUCAGAAACACGUCGUCUCACACACGGGCUCAUUCCCGUACCGGUGUAGCUUCUGCUCGUACGGAGCGGUGCGGAGGGAUUACAUGGUGAAACAUAUUCUUCGUAUACACAAGAGGGACGCAGAAGAAGGCUUCAUAACGGAUUUUACUGUAUCCACGCCAGCCGUCCCUGAAACUCUCGGGAUGUCAGGUUGGCCUGAAGGGAACGACCAGUAUGCAAUUCCCAAUUCCCAAGUCGAACAUCCGAGUGGAAGUCAACCCAGAGUCAACAAAUCAUCUUCUAUUGGUCGAGCAGUGAGCCAAACUAGCAGUAGUCGUGCACGUGUGACCUUCAGUUUGCCAACGCCAAGUGUCACCAAUACAAUUCCGGUUUCUAAGACACAGUUCACCAGUGCUAUUCCCAGCUGCACUUCAACCGCAAGUCACUCGUUAGGCAACGCGCCUCAAGUGGUUCUAAGAUCACGGGAGGAAAACGGCAACCUAUCAAACUCCCUGCUCAGUGUCGAUGGUCAAAGUAAGGUGGCUGGUCAAAGGACCACUUUGGAAAAGCCUAUUCCGAAAGUCACAUUCUCAAGAGUCCAGGUUAGUUCUACAGCACCACUACGGCAAAGCCCGAGAGUCCCUGAAAAGGCUGUGCUUUCGAAAACCCCUUGCAGAAUCCGGUUCCCACUGCCUGGUGAAAUGAACACCCCGCUCAGAACACUGCUUAACAUGCCGUUGUCCAAGAGGAAUGUUCCAAAUGUCCAAAUGGAUCAGAGGGCUAGUCAGUCCACAACAGGGAUUAAUGUUACGACACUGAAAACGAGUACAAAUCCCAGUGGUUCGAUCAUAAGUCCACCGCACUCCACUGUCGAAAAGAGCAAUCAGUCAAAGACAAACUCCAGGAUACUUGUAGGGUCAUCAGCUGAGACAUCAAGUCCGUUAUCCAGUGUCCAAGUGGAACUGUUAGCACCAUUGAACCAGCCAAUUCAACACAACAAGCCUUUGACAGUGUCCUGUCCAGAGGAGAUCAAUAUCCCUGCUGGGUGUUUGGUGGAGUUGGUUGAGGUGAAAAAUGUCAAUGGGACUCGGGAGCUGGAGCUACGGUUGAUCCCGCCGAAUGGAGUCCCGCAAGGCCAGAAGACCGAGGAAAGACCUUCACCUGUCACUACUGGAGGCAAAUUGUCUUUUAAAUGUCAAGUUGCUGCUACUGCCAAAGGGUGUCCAGUCAGCCCGUCCACAUCUUCAACAUCUUCAACAUCUCACAAGAUCAAAGAGCAGGAGCCUUCUUCAUCCACUGAUGUCCAGAGUACCACAAAGAGAGUUAAUUCAGUACACAAACCACAGUGUUCUUCAGAGACACCAGUGAGGAACAAGCUCAUCCUGAAGCCCAAAGAUCCCGGGAGCAAGCGAUCAGCGGUGGCUCGUGACGUCGUCGCUCUCGAGGGCCCAGAGUUGAGUUCUGGAGGCCUUCCCGUGAUCUCGUCGGUUUUCUCUCUCUGUCCUACACCUACUUCGACCCAAAGCAAGGAACCAAAGGACGAGGUGGGAAGUGCAAAGCAAUCGCUGGUCUGUAGUUUUCUGAUUAAAAAGGAGGAGGAACUUGAGGAGAAACACAAAGAUGCUUCUUUGUGCCUUAAAGAAACUAAGACAGAGGUUGAGAAUACUGAAGGCUCUACAAUAUCAAAGACUUGUGGACGAGGGAAAACACCAGCUGGAAAACCCCUAAAAACAAGUCAUUUAAAACGAGCUCCAAAUCAACCGUUGGCGAUGCCAAACCAGAGCAUCGUCCCAUCAGACAAGGACAACGUUUCACAUCAAGACAAGGGAAAUUUUGAAUGCGAGUCUGGAAUGAACUUGGAUUGCCAACAACAACGUCGCAUGUAUCCGAAAGUAGCUUUGGUGAGGAUCCCGAGUACUUUGUUGGAAGCCUCGAAGAAGCUUCCCGAAGCGCCAAUACGAGAGGAGAGUUUGACGGCACGACCGGUUCUCUGCUGCAUGUUAAGUGAGGAGAACUUGUCCGGUGGCCCUUCAGUGGCCAUCAAGCUGAUACUAAAGAGAGACUUUCGUGAAAGUCAAGAGAAGAACCCAGACUCGCCGCCGCGUAAAAAACAUAAAAAGGAAAAGAGAAAAGCCAAAAAACGUCGGUCAUCGUCGUCGGUUGAGAUGGGCCUUCCCCGUUUCCCAUCCAAAGGUCAAAGAGAACUGAGGUUAACUCCUCUGAAAGCGGAUCAGCUCGUCAGGAUUCCCGGGCCGAACCAGCCGGUUGUGGUCCUGAACCAUCCGAAUCCUUCAGUUAAAACAUUCAAUGUCGGCAUCCAAACGCUGAAGAACUUUAAGUGGAUCCGCUCAGGGGAUCACGAGCGGGAACAACCUGUGCCGAAACAGCCUUCGCUCAAGAUGAAACUCAAGAAAGUUCACGGAGAGAACUAUCAGGUUGUCGAGUUGGUCCUCAACGGACUCUCGGAUAAACAUCUCUUGUAAACUUGUAAAAUAUUUCAUGCUGGUAUCAGAUUUUUAUAACGGUGCAGUUGUAGAGAAACCUGACCCUGUCUGAGAUCAUAAAACUCCCUUAAUGGUGGACGUUAGUAUUAAAACACCGAUAAACAUUUCAUCAAAUAGCUUGCAAUUAGACUGACAUAUUGGAGCUACAC